GACAAGAAGAAAAUGUAUUUAGAUUGAUGACCAUCCUGCAGAAAAGUAAAGAAAGAGUACUUUUUCCAGGAAGCAUAUGGGAGCUCCGUGACAAAACAACGAAGACUUUGGGGCUAGUUGAUUCAGACAAGUGAAGCUGUCCACGACAUCAGCGACCUGAAAAUGUUGACGUCAGCUUCAUUAACCGACCAUGAGACCUGCGGCUGAGCUUGCGGUGAGGAUCGGCCGUGAGCUUCUAAAAGUUUCCGGAAGCUCUCGAUCAGCUCGGAUAUGGAGUCCAUCGGUUGAACAGAGCCUUCACGGUCUCGGUUUUCGUCACUCAAUAAGCCCUUCGCUUGUGGCUCGAGUCAUUGACCCGUUUCUCCUGAACCACCAUUCCCUCGCUCUCGGUUUCUUCAAUUGGGCUGCUCAACAACCAGGUUACUCUCACGAAUCCGUCUCUUACCAUUCUAUCUUCAAGUCUCUUUCGCUUUCUCGUCAGUUCUCCGCCAUGGACGCUCUCUUCAAACAGGUCAAAUCGAACAGAAUCCUUCUCGAUUCUUCCGUGUAUCGCUCCCUCAUUGAUGCACUUGUGUUGGGUAGGAAAUCUCAGAGCGCGUUUUGGGUUUUAGAAGAAGCUCUUUCGACGGGUAGGGAGAUUCAUCCCGAUGUUUGCAAUCGUCUUUUAGCUGCUUUAACUUCUGAUGGGUGUUUUGAUUAUGCACAGAAACUGUUUGUUAAAAUGCGCCAAAGAGGUGUUUCGUUGAAUACUCUUGGCUUCGGCGUUUAUAUAGGAAGUUUUUGUAGAAGUUCUGAAACGGAUCAGCUCUUGAGAUUGGUGGAUGAGGUUAAGAAGGCUAAUUCGAACAUCAAUGGCUCCAUUAUUGCACUGUUGAUUCUCCAUGGUCUUUGUAAGUCUUCUCGAGAAAUGGAUGCUUUUUAUAUUUUGGAAGAGCUGAGAAACAUAGAUUGCAAACCGGAUUUUAUGGCUUAUAGAAUCAUAGCUGAAGCGUUCGUAGUUACUGGGAAUUUGUAUGAGAGGCAGGUCGUUCUAAAGAAGAAGAGAAAGCUCGGAGUAGCACCUAGGAGCAGCGAUUACCGAGCUUUCAUACUGGAUUUGAUUUCCGCUAAAAGAUUAAUGGAGGCUAAGGAAGUAGCUGAGGUGAUUGUGAGUGGAAAUUUCCCCAUGGAUAAUGAUAUCUUAGACGCGUUAAUUGGGUCGGUCUCUGCAGUUGAUGCAGAUUCUGCUGUUGAAUUCUUAGUUUACAUGGUCAGCACAGGGAAAUUGCCUGCUAUUCGGACUCUGAGCAAAUUAAGUAAGAAUCUUUGCAGGCACGAGAAGAGGGACCAUCUGAUAAAGGCUUAUGAGCUUUUGUCAAGCAAAGGUUAUUUCUCAGAUCUUGAGAGUUACAGUCUGAUGAUAUCGUCCUUGUGCAAGGCCGGGAGAGUCAGAGAAGGUUACACUGCUCUACACGAAAUGAAGAAGAAAGGGCUUGAUCCAGACGUGUCACUCUAUAACGCUCUCAUUGAUGCUUGCUGCAGAGCGGAAAUGAUCCGUCCAGCAAAGAAACUGUGGGACGAGAUGUUUGUGCAGGGCUGCAAAAUGAAUCUCACGACAUAUCAUGUACUUAUUAGGAAACUGUCAGAGGAAGGUGAGGCAGAAGAGUCUUUGAGGCUGUUUCACAAGAUGCUUGAGAAUGGGAUAGAACCAGAUGAAACAAUCUACACGUCACUCAUGGAAGGCCUAUGCAAGGAGACAAAACUUGAAGCUGCUUUGGAAGUCUGCAGAAAGUGCAUGGAGAGGGAUAAAACAGUAGCAAGAAGAGUAUUAAGCGCGUUUGUAUUAAAUCUAUGCAGCAACGGCCAUUUUAGUGAGGCAUCACAGCUACUGCGUGAGGAAGAACACUUAGAACACACAAUGGCACAUGUCGUGUUGCUGAAAUGUGUGGCGGAUGCGAAAGAGGUUGAGAUUGGAAUCAGACAUAUGAAAUGGAUCAAAGAGGUAUCGCCGUCUCUUGUUCACACAAUAUCUUCUGACCUGUUGGCGUCUUUCUGUUCAUCAUCUGAUCCUGAUUCCAUUCUUCCAUUUAUUCGAGCAAUUGAGCACGCAUAAUUACACCAAUAGGCAAAUUAGAUUCCCCAAAUUGUAUUUCCCUUUAUUCUGUGUAGAUUCCUAUACUGCUGUAAUCGAGAUCUCUGGGUGACUUAUACGUUACAAGUCGUUUAUUGUCUACGUAAGAAUUAUUCUAAUGAAUAUAAUUUAUCUUA